AGAUGUACGUAUGCAACAGAGACAACUACGGGUAUUUCCCAGUGCCGAUGCGUUCACAUGCCUCCAUGCAGGAUGAAGCAGAGAGCUUUGUGCACACACACCUAGAGAUCAUGGUGAAUCAUCCUCCAUUGGAGCCCUCCAGCUUCCUUUCUCUUCCUCCCAAACAGCCAAACAAGAUGGGCUUUGAUGAGGUUUUUAUGAUAAAUCUGGUUCGGAGAGCUGACCGUCGGGAGCGAAUGCUGAGGACCUUGUACGAGCAGGAGAUCAGCUGUAAGGUGGUUGCUGCUGUGGAUGGCAAAGCUCUGAAUACGUCUGAUAUAGAUUCUAUGGGGAUUAAGAUGCUCCCUGGAUACAAAGACCCUUAUCACGGACGGCCUCUCACCAAGGGGGAACUGGGUUGUUUCCUCUCUCAUUACAACAUCUGGAAGGAGAUUGUGGAACGCGGCCUCCAAACAUCCCUGGUCCUGGAAGACGACCUUCGUUUUGAGGUGUUCUUCAAACGCCGGCUCCAGGCGCUGCUGCAGGAAGUGACGACUCACAAGGUGGACUGGGAUCUGAUAUACAUUGGACGGAAGCGGAUGCAGGUGGACCACCCAGAGAAGUCUGUCCCAAACACCCACAACCUGGUGGAGGCGGACUACUCCUACUGGACGCUCGGCUACAUGUUGUCCUUACGCGGAGCCCAGAAGCUCCUAAUGGCUGAACCUUUGACCAAGAUGCUUCCUGUCGACGAGUUUCUGCCCGUCAUGUACAACAAGCAUCCAAUUUCGAAGUACAUGGAUCACUUCGAGAAUCGGGACCUGCAAGCUUUUUCCGCUGAGCCUCUCCUGGUGUAUCCGACACACUACACUGGAGAUCCGGGCUACAUCAGCGACACGGAGACGUCAGUGGUCUGGAACAAUGAGACGGUAAGAACCGACUGGGAUCGAGCCAAGUCGAGGAAGACCCAGGAGCAGGGGGAGCUGAGCUUCGAGGCCCAGAACUCGGACGUGCUGCAGUCGGAGCUGGAGAACGUGAGCGCGCGCGACGAGCUGUGAAGAAGAACAAGGGAGGAGUGAAGGACGGAGGGCUUCGGCAUACAGAUAAGAGGGAGACAGAACAAAGCUGUGAUGCAGAGUGCAGUGGAAAACAUGGAGGGAACAGGACACAAAGCGAUCAAAUAAAGACAAAGAGGCAGAGCUGAUGGGUGCUUCGUUCAUGAGGAGGAACAGUUUUCCCUUGUAGAUUUCUCGUUCCACUAAUGGAUCUUUCUCUUGAGAGAUUAGAUGUAGAGUUAACUCUUGAAGAGUCCGCUUACAGCUUUUGGUUUAUUUAUUGCAGCUGACACUCAUGCCUUGCUUUAAGUGUGAUC